AUGCAGGGCAGCAGAGGUGACCAGCAUGCCUUUCUCUCUGGGCCUUCUCUGGUCAGCCUUGUGCUCAGCGACUCCCCAAACACAUCAGUCUACAUCAGAGCGGAUAAUCGGAGAGGGACAAGUGGCUUCGGCUCAAGACGGGCUGCAAAGGCAUAUUUACAGGACAAGCACGGCAGGGAGUUCAGCCACUGGAAGGUGAACAGUUUGGCGACAGAGAAGAGGGACUUCCUCCACUCUCCGCUGCCUUUAGCUCCUGAGUUCCUUAGAAACCUGCGGUUGCUGGGGCGACGGCCGACACUGCAGCAAAUCAACGACAACCUCAUCAAGAAGUAUGGCACCCACUUCCUCAUCUCCGCCACUCUGGGAGGGGAGGAGUCGCUCACCAUUUUCCUGGACAAACAGAAACUCAAUAAGAAGUCGGAGGGCAGCAGUAACAGCUCAGUGGUCUCUCUGGAGCUGCUCCACCAGCUCGCCGCCUCCUACUUCACUGACCGAGAGAGCACCCUAAGGCGACUGCACCACCUUCAGAUCGCUACGUCCGCCAUCAAGGUGACAGAGACCAGGACGGGCCCUCUCGGCUGCAGUAACUACGACAGUCUGGAUUCGGUCAGCUCCGUUUUAGUGCACAGUCCGGAAAAUAAGAUCCACCUAAAGGGAUUACAAGAUGUCCUCCCAGAGUUCCUCCGUGGGCGGUUUGUGGAGGCCGCGCUCAGCUACGUGGCGUGUAACUCUGAGGGCGAACUGCUCUGCCGCAACAACGACUGCUGGUGCCGAUGCUCCUCCCGCUUCCCAGAAUGCAACUGUCCUUUCGCCGACAUCAAGGUCAUGGAGGAGAAUUUGGGAAAGACCAAAGAGGCCUGGAACAACUUCAACCAGGAGUUCAUGGACUCAGAUGAAUUCAAGUCCUUCCUGAAGCGCUUGCCCACCGAUCGCUUCCUGAAUGUGUCCAUGAUUGCCAAGUUCUGGUCGGCUGACUUGUCCGUCCAGAAGCGUUACGCGCAGCUUGAGGCGAGCACCGCGUUGGUUUUUGGGAAAGCUCAGAAAAUCAUCAGGAAACUGUUCACUCUGAGCAAGCGCUGCCCCAAACAGCCGCGCAUCAGCCUGCCCCGAGAGAGGCCCGUGGGCUUUUGGCUGGGCCGUGUGCAGUCUCUGCUCUACUGUAAUGAACACGGUGUCCUUGGCUCCUUCUCGGAGGAGGUGCGGAGCUGCAGCUGCCCUGUGGAGCAGCCCUCCUGCCAGGGAGUGGUUCCGUGUGUGAUUGGCACCAGCUCCACUUCCUGCUCCUCCUGUGCUGCUGACAACGCCACCCGAUGUGGAGCAUGUCACCACGGCGACCUUCUCCAUCUUGGCUCGUGUCGCCCGAGUAUCGCCGCAUCGCUGGAUCACUAUCUCAACCUGGACCUAGACAUGCCAGACGCUGAGGUGAAGUACCUGCUGCAGCGCCUGGACAGCAGAAUUGAAGUUCACGCCAUCUACAUCAGCAACGACGUUCGCUUGGGGAGCUGGUUUAAUCCUGCCUGGAGAAAGAGGAUGUUGCUGACGUUAAAAAGUAACAAAAACAAGUCCAACCUCAUCCACAUGUUGAUGGGGAUUUCUUUCCAAAUCUGUGCAACUAAGAAUUCCACUCUGGAGCCUGUUCCUGCCGUUUAUGUGAAUCCCUUUGGGGGCAGUCACUCAGAGAGCUGGUUCAUGCCUGUGACGACACCUGAGUUUCCGGACUGGGAGAGAACUCGAUUAGAGACUGGUCCUACAGCUCAGUGUUACAACUGGACACUGCCUCUUGGCGGACAGUGGAAGUCCUUUUUCGAGACGGUGCACAUCUAUCUUCGAAGUAGAAUUGUCACAGACGACCCUACGGUGAAUGAAACGCUCUUCUAUGAACCACUGGACCUAGACGAUCAGACGUCAAACAUGGGGUACAUGAAGAUCAACACCCUGAAAGUGUUUGGAUACAGCAUGCACUUUGAUCCCGAGGGCAUCAAGGACCUGAUCCUGCAGCUGGACUACCCGUACACCCAAGGCACGCAGGACGCUGCUUUUCUCAUGUUGUUGGAGAUGAGAGAUCGGAUUAACCGCCUGUCUCCGCCCGCCCCACAGCCUCUGGACCUGUUCUCCUGUCUGCUGCGUCAUCGACUCAAACUGUCCGCUGGGGAGGUGGCACGCAUCAACGACUCCCUGCAGCUGUUCAGCUCCAAACUUCCCAACGCCAUCCCUGAGCCCGAGAUGGCCCAGCUCUGCAGCUAG